AUGUCACCAUAUGCCAAAGCGACACCAAGCGUGCAGACCAUCGACCCUUAUCAGCUUUUCGACUCGCGGCCGAUCUACUCGCACGCGUCCACAACGAACGGACCAUGCCGCAUAGUAGCGACAGCCGGACAGGUCGGGUGUGACGAGAACCGGGUUUUUCCUACGGAUGUGGAAGAACAAGUGAUCCUGGCACUCAAGAAUCUCCGGCGUGCACUAGAAGCCGCGGGCGCGACUAUAACGGAUAUCUACAAAUUAGUUUACUAUAUUGUCGACUACGAUCCGAACCGUCGUCGACAUACUAAGCAUCUACAGGCAUUUCUGAACGGGCAUCGGCCGCCCACGACAUUGGUGCCAGUCCCGGCCUUGGCCUCUCCCGAGAUGAAGUUCGAGAUUGAAGCAUAUGCUGCAGUUCGGCAGGAACCCGAGCGAACGGUUGAUGUUGUAGUCGUGGGUGCCGGGUUGAGUGGGCUUAAGGCAGCGUACGAAGUGCAGAGAGCCGGGUUCUCCUGUGUCGUGGUCGAGGCUCGCGACCGCGUAGGUGGAAAGACUUACUCAGUUGAUCCUCUUGGCCAGGGCAAAUUUAUUGAUGUUGGCGCUGCAUGGAUCAACGACACAAACCAGAGUAAGAUCUAUGAGUUGGCAACUUCGCUGGGUUUGGAGUUGGUUGUGCAGAACACGGUAGGCAAGAUCGUGCAAGAGGACCUAGAUGGCGGCCUUGGCUUAUUCGACUAUGGCGGAACCCCUGGGAAAGUGGCGGAGACCAACGGUAUAGAGAAUCUCGUGUUUAUCCGUGAGCUAGCAGAGAAAGUCUGUCAGCAAAUCGACAUACGGAAUCCGGUUUCGAGUGGGGGUGAGUUGGACACAAUCACACUGGAGGAAUGGGCAAAAUCGCACACCCAAUCAGAGACAGCGAUGGCAACAGUGAAAUUGUGGACAAGAGCAUUGUUGGGCCUUGAGCCAUCGGAAAUCAGUGCCCUUUAUUUCAUGAACUAUUGCAAGAGUGCCGGUGGACUGCUGCAAAUGCGAGCAGAUUUCAAGCAUGGAGGACAAUACUUGAGAUUUAUUCGAGGCACACAAUCCAUGUCACUUGGUCUUGCGGAUCUGUUGCACACUGGAUCGGUUGUUCUCAGCUCACCAGUCCGUCGCAUUUCUCAAUCCCAGGAGGGUUUGAUUGUGUCGGCAGGUCGAGGCGACUUUAGGUGCAAGCGAGUUAUUGUUUCGGUGCCAACGGUUUUGUAUAAAGAAAUCGCUUUCGAGCCUCCCUUGCCGCCAGCAAAGAUGGAACUUGGGAAACAGAAUGUGCAUGGAUAUACGCUGAAGGUUAUGGUGUCAUUCUCUGAGCCUUGGUGGCGCAAGGCAGGCCUGGCAGGAGCCGUCAUGUCAUUCAAAGGCCCCAUCACCACAACCCGAGACUCAAGCAACGAUGAGAAAGGACAGUUCUCGCUGACAUGCUUCACGAAUGGAGACUUUGGUCGCCAAGUGUCGAAAUUGUCCCAACAAGAUCGAUUCCAGGCGAUCGUGGAUCACAUCAGACGAAUGUUUGGUCGAUACGUGUAUGUGCCAGAACCCAUAGCGGUGACAGAACACGAGUGGUUCCGAGAUCAAUGGGCUCAAGGUUGUCCCUGCCCAGCAUCACCUCCAGGAGUUAUGACCAAGUAUGAUGCUGAACUAAGAAGCACUCAUGGCCAUGUGCACUUUAUUGGGACCGAAACUGCGUAUGAGUGGAAAGGAUACAUGGACGGAGCCGUGCGAUCUGGCGAAAGAGGAGCAAGAGAGGCGAUUGAGGGAUUGAGUCGAGCGAAGUUGUGAAGGAG